UCUGAGCUCAUUUGUUGUAGUAUUUGGAGUUUUUUUCAAUUUUGAGUGGUUAGUUAUCUAAAAUUUUGUCUCAAGAAGGUUGAUUUUGAUUUUUUGUUUUCUUGAAAGAACAAAGCUGUAAGUGGUCGUUAUUAUGUCCUGAUGUCGAUCAUUUGGAUUUAUUGGUGUUUAUUUGUUAAGAUCGUCUGCAGAGCUGGGCCUUUCCAAUUCGUUGCUUGUGGAUAACUGGUGAGAAGUAGAACCUGACCCGAAUUAGAGGCUUUAAUUAGCAAGAUGAAUUUAAUGCGAGGUCCCCCACCCGGAAUUUUGCUUAUAAAAAAGCUUCGAGGCAAGGAAUGGAGCCUUAAUACGUACAGAUAUUUUGUUCUGCUUCUUACUUUUAUUGCGUAUGCUUGCUACCAUGCUUCUAGAAAACCUACUAGUAUUGUUAAGAGUGUUUUGGAUCCAGAGCCUGUCAAGGUUGGCCGUUCUUAUCCUUGGCCUCUCGGUGAGGUGUUCAUUAAGGAGGAAGGAUUGACCAGUAAUGGCUCUGGAUUGCUUGGCAAGGGAUGGGCCCCCUUUAAUGGAGAGGAUGGGACUGUGAAAUUGGGUGGGAUUGAUGUUGCAUUUCUUGCUUGUUAUGCUAUGGGGAUGUAUGUAGCGGGGCACCUUGGAGAUAGGCUUGACUUACGUCUGUUCUUGACGAUUGGAAUGAUUGGGAGUGGAAUCUUUGUUGGACUUUUCGGUAUGGGUUACUUUUGGAGUAUCCAUGUGUUCUGGUUUUAUCUGGUAAUGCAAAUGCUCGCUGGAUUGUUUCAGGCCACUGGGUGGCCUUCUGUUGUUGCUGUUAUUGGUAAUUGGUUUGGGAAGAGAAAAAGGGGUUUGAUAAUGGGUAUCUGGAAUGCCCAUACAUCUGUUGGGAAUAUCAGUGGGUCCUUACUUGCUGCUAGCGUCUUGCAGCAUGGUUGGGGCUGGUCAUUUAUUCUUCCUGGUGCAUUGAUCAUUUUGGGAGGGAUAAUGAUAUACUUAUUCCUGGCUGCUUAUCCCGAGGAUGUAUUCCUUCCUUGCCCUCAUGGGUUGCACUCACAGAGCAAGGGAGAUGCAGUGUGUAAAGAUGAGGAAGCUCAGAUGCCAAAAGGGAAUAUGGUGGAAGCUGAAACAAGUAGUCUCAGUCGAGGUGGAUCAAUGAGUAGAGGCAGUGCCGUUGGGCUCAUUGAAGCUUUGUUCAUACCAGGAGUGAUACCAUUUGCAAUGUGUCUUUUCUUCUCAAAGCUUGUGGCAUACACAUUCCUAUAUUGGUUGCCUUUCUAUCUGAGUCAGACAGAGAUUGGAGGAGAGUAUAUGUCAGUCAAGUCUGCUGGAAAUCUUUCUACUCUGUUUGAUGUCGGUGGAAUAGUAGGUGGAAUCCUUGCUGGCUACAUAUCUGAUAGACUUAAGGCUCGGGCCAUUACGGCUGCUAGCUUCAUGUAUGCUGCAAUUCCUUCUAUCCUCCUGUACCGCUCAUAUGGGAGUAUUUCUAAGUCCAUGAACAUUGUAUUGAUGAUGAUUACUGGUUUAUUUGUGAAUGGGCCCUAUGCACUAAUUACAACUGCAGUUUCUGCUGAUCUUGGCACCCACAGCUCUCUGAAGGGUGAUGCUCGAGCACUUGCUACCGUGACUGCCAUUAUUGAUGGCACUGGAUCAGUUGGUGCCGCACUUGGGCCUUUUCUUACUGGUUUUAUUUCAAAAAAGGGAUGGGAUGAGGUUUUUCUUAUGCUUAUUAUUGGGGCUCUUAUUGCUGGUCUUCUUUUAUCACGAUUGGUAAUGGGAGAAAUUCAAGAAAAAACUGGCAAACAGAAGCCUCAUUCUGGUGUUCCAAGGCAACAGGGAGUUGAAGUUUCUGCAUCUCAACCUCUCUUGAGGGAUCAAAGAUGACAAUCAGGUAUGGAGCCACAAGCUAUUUCCAAGAGUCAGGAACAGGUGGCAAACAAGAAACAAAGGUAUAAAGCGUAUGCAUGAAAUAAUGAAUGUUUGG